AUGCCGCCCAACUCGGUCGCAACGACCGAGCCCCUUGUUCAAGUGGCCCAGCAGAUAAAGCCGCAGAACGAUGCGCAACAGGUCCAGCGGCCACUUCCAACCCAACUGGAGUCGCCCCCUCAGGAUCCUCAGACCGAAGAUGUCAGGCGCACGACCAAGGACGGCUUAGCCCAGAGGCAGCCGGGGGCACCAAGUUAUACUGAGCCAUACCCACUCGGAAAGCCUAGGACUUGGCACGACUUGCUCCCUAAGGCUUCUUGGGCACGCCGCACAUCAAAACACUCGGCCAUGGGCACAUCUCCUUAUGUCUUGACCUACGGCCAUGACAUUGAUAAACUAAUGGAGCUAGAGGUUCGAUUUCUUCGAGUUUUCAAGCGACUUAGGCGAAAGACAAAGAACUACGCGCAAACCAUGCCCCGGAGUUUAGAAAAUUUAGAACGGUUGAGACUCGACGCUUACAAUUCAGUGCGAGUUCAAGAAAAAAUGGCACCGAGGGCCUACGACAAAAAAGUCAAAAAGAAAAAUAGGGGGAAGUAG